UUUAAAUGAGUAAAAAUAAAAACUGUAACAGUCAGUCACACACGUUAGGCGGCAAACACCACAUGCGUCGAUGAACCCAAAAAUUAGCAACAUUUUAAAAUUACUAGUUGAAGAAAGAAACCACCUAUUACGCUUUCUUGUCAGAUUAUCAAUUAAUAAUCAUCAAUUAACAAUGAUAAAUCAUGAUCAAGUACUAUUUUUAUAUUGUUUUGAUUAAAUCAAGAGAGUUGAAAAAAGUUUAGUGAUUUUAAUACUAAUAAUAUCUUCUUCUUCUUUCACCAUCUAAUUACCAGAGCACUAAUCCAUCAUCCAUUUUUGAACAUUAUUAUUAAAUUUUCACACACAAAAAAAAGAUCAAAAUGGACGUAACCAUGCUUUACCAUUCAAUCUCCAACAUCCUACAAUGGAAGAAAUCUCUAAAACCACUAGCCAAUCGUUUAACAGGAAUUGACAUCAACCAGAUUGAAACCAUUCUCAUAGAAAUCAAUGAAAAAGUCCAAAAACAGAGUAACUAUUAUUCCAAAGAGUGGCUUCAAAAGGUUAAAGAUGUAGUGAUCGAUUUUAACGAUUUGAUGGAAGAUCUCCGUCAAAAGGAAGGUACCGGUGGCUUAAAUUUAAACGAUCGUUUCAAAGCCACGGUCCAAGUGAAGAAAGCCACAGGGGAACUCAAACUCCUCCUGCUUAAUGAUAAAGAGGCAGCAAAGGGAGAAGAAACACCAACAGCUAAUACUGCUGCUGCUGCUGAUGAUGAUAUAAGGAAGUCUGCAUACGAGGUGUUUGACAAAAGUAUCAAGUCUGCAGUGUUUGGAAGAGAAAAUGAGAAGAAAGAGUUUAUCGAUCAGCUGCUGAAGCCGAACAACUCUGAUGCUGUUCCUGCGGUAGUAAUUGUUGCUAUUUUUGGUGUUCCAGGAAUUGGGAAAACAAAACUUGCAAAUCUCGUUUGUAAGGAUGAUCGUGUCAAAGCUCAUUUUGGUUUCCAGCCAACCUGGAUCAAUCAUCUGCAGAUUCUCAACGAAACCUUUGAUGUUAAAUCUAUAGUAAAACGCGUCACCACCACCGACAGUAAACGUCUAUUACUUGUUAUAGAUGAUCUGCGUGUUGAGAUUGAGCAUGGUCAUCUUGAGAAGAUGCAGAAGAAAUUAAAGGAAGUGAUUGGUUGUACUGAUAUCACGAUGCUGGUUACUACAAGGAGCAACCAUGUUGCCAACAGCAUUGCUGCUGCUGCUGGAGGACAUGUUCUGAAUUUGCAGGGGCUUAACCAAGAGGAAUCUCGGUCCUUGUUUCAGUGUGUUAAUGAGCCAAACACCGUUGAACCUGAACCGAAGAUUUUGAAAGAUUGUAGUGGAGUCCCUCUAUUGAUUUUGAUGAUAGCAACCUUGAUAAAGAACCGUGGUGGUGAGUCCACAAUGCAGGAAGUAGCAGCUGCAACACUAACGGAAGAAGACGUGGAGAGGAAGUUUCUACCGGAGCUCGAGUUUUUCUAUUAUGGCAAUCUUCCCACGCAUCAGAAGUUGUGUUUUGCUUAUUGUUCAUUGUUUGCAGAAGAUUAUUUGAUUGAUGCCGACAGAUUAAUUCAACUCUGGUCAGCUGAAGGAUUUCUCACUAUUCACUCCGACAAAAUUCCAGAACAACAAUUUGGUCGAUCUUGUUUCAACUACUUUGUUCCUUUGGUUUUUCAUCAAGGGGAAGAAGAAAACAAAUAUAGAAUGAACCCGUUAAUGCAUAAACUCGCAAAACUAGUUGCCACCAACUAUGACGAAAACGUCAUCGUGGAUUCAAUGGGGGAGAGAGUUCGCAGCGGAAUGCUGCGAGCUUUGUUUGAUUACCCUAUAGAUCUGUUGUGUGGGAUCCCAGAUUCGAUGUUUGAUCAAGCAAAAAAACUAAGAACCAUUCUUUUGCCAUACAACAGUAACAACCCGCGGCUUCCACACGAGGUAAGGAUGACAACAUCAACCUGUGAUAAGAUCUUCAACACCUUUAUAUCCCUGCGUGUGCUGGAUAUGCAUGACUUGGGAAUCAAGACAGUUCCAGGCUCUAUUGAAGAGGUGAAGUACUUGAGGUUUCUAGAUCUAUCCAAUAACAACAUAGAGAAGCUUCCUAGUUGCAUCACAAACCUUACCCACUUGGAAACAUUGAAAUUGUCUCAGUGUCAUGUCCUCAAGGAAUUGCCAAAAGACAUAGAGGAUUUGAGUUGCCUCAACCAUCUUGACAUUGAGGGAUGUCUUGAUCUUACUUACAUGCCAACUGGGAUAAAUAAGAUCACUUCUUUACAAACAUUGUCACUCUUUGUAGCUAGCAAGAAACAGGUCAUGGGAGGACUAAGAGAACUCACUGAUCUUAACAAUCUGAGAGGCCACUUGGAAAUUUCUCAUCUAGAACAAGUCAAGUUAUCUCCAUCCAAGGACACCGCUAAAGAUGUUUUUUUGAAAAAUAAACAACACCUUGAAUUGUUGACUCUAAGAUGGGAACAGGAGGAAAAUGAAAUGGAAAAGGAGAAGGAAAAGAAAAAGGAAAAGGAAAGCACUGUCAACAGAGACAAAGAUAAGAAUUUGCUUGAUUAUCUUGAGCCAAAUGAGCAUCUGAAAGUGUUAUUCGUUGUGGGGUACAAUGGUAAGACCUUGUCUAGCUGGUUUGCUUCACUUCAUUAUCUUGUUAAGUUUACCUUGAACAACUGUCCCAAGUGCCAAUAUCUCCCAUCAUUGGAUGGCCUUCGACUUCUCAAGGUUCUCCAACUUCGGAGGUUGAACUCUCUUGAAUUCAUUUCAAAAGACAGUAAUCAACCUGAAGAAGGUUCCUCUCCCUCUACACCAACAUUCUUUUCAUCCUUGAAGGAACUUACAAUUUCGGAUUGUCCUAAUCUAAAAAGUUGGUGGGAAAAUAAUACAAUACAAGUUAAAGAUAGACCAUAUUUCAGAUGCAUUUCAAAGCUAAAUGUACAAUAUUGUCCUAAAUUAGCUUGCUUGCCUCUGUAUCCUGGUCUUGAUGAAGAGCUGGUUCUGGUGGAUUCAAAGGCUAAAUCCAUAAAGCAUACAAUAGUGCAUCAGCAUCCUGAGUCCAUCAUUCCCUUCUCCAAGUUGAAGUUGAUGGUAAUUGAGCGUAUUGAGCAUUCUCCACCAGAGGCUUGGAUUGCGAACUUCACUUCGCUUCGGCAACUUCACAUUCGAGAUUGUUCUACUUUAAAGUCUCUACCACAAGGUUUCAAGUCUUUGUCUUCACUCAAAACACUCACUAUUGAAAGAUGUCAACAACUUGAUCUUGACAUCUCCAAAGAUGAAUGGAAGGGUUUGAAAAGCCUUCAUUCUCUUACAUUAAGGACUAUUCCACAACUUAAGUCCCUUCCAGAGGGACUUGAAAAUGUGAACUCUUUAGAAGUUUUGAGGCUUUAUGAUUGCUCUGGUUUAACUUCUCUAUCAGAAAACAUAGGAAACCUCACCUCACUUAGCAAACUGGUUCUUUCUGAAUGCAGAAGUUUGGAAUCGCUGCCCAAAGGAAUGGAAAAGCUGAAGUCUUUACAAACUUUGAUUAUUAGGGACUGCCCCUUUUUAUUGCCUAGGUCUCAACCAGAAACUGGUGAUGAUUGGCCACAAAUUGCUCAUAUCCCAGAAAUACUAAAGAAGCAAACUCCUCAUGACUCAAGGGACUUGUGAAGAUGAUCAAGAUUCAAGAGAAAAUGUCUUACACGUUUGUCGGUUAAGUGAAUUAAUUAGCUAGAAACCGUAUGUCUUAAUUGAAUUGUAAUUCAGAUUUUGUUGAAGCGGAAUAGAUUAGGUUGGUUUUACUGAAUUUAGAUAAUUUAGAUUUGUCAAGAAUCCUCACUUUUUUGUUGUUUUCGGUUGCUCUGCACUCUUUUUUUUCCCUUGUUAGGUUUUAUUCUUUGGGAUUUCUUGGCAAGGUUUUUAAUGAGGCAAA